AAUGAUUACACAGAAAUUAAUACGAAGGAAGAAGAAGAAUUAUAGUACACGGAAACUACCAGUUUAACGAAAAAAAAAAUUAUUAACAAAUUUUAGCACAAAAUCUCCGUAACAUAUAGACAAUAUGUCAGCCACCAGUCACAGGCAUCGUUACAAAAAUGCUGGCAUGGAUUCCUCCGAAAUGCGUAGACGACGCGAGGAAGAGGGCAUACAGCUGCGUAAACAAAAACGUGAACAACAGCUUACCAAGCGACGUAAUGUGGUCUUGGAAAAUCCUUCCGAUAUUGGUAUGGAUAAUGAUUUCAUGCAGGAAUCUGAAAUGCAUCAACUUCCAAAUGAUAUGCAAACAAUUGAAGCCGGUUUAGAUUUAACAACCACACAUCAUAAUGAUCAACAACUAAUACCUCAAACGGUGCUCAAUCACCAACAACAACAAGAUCAACAGCAGACAACACAGCAACAGCAGCAAAACUAUGCCACACCAAUGUCCCAGCAGCAGCAGCAGCAGCAACAACAACAGCAUCCAACGGGGACAACAAUUAUCAAGAAAGAAAUGAUCGAUGCUUUAUAUAGUGAUAGCGAAAGUGUUCAAUUGGAAGCAACACAAAAGUUCCGUAAACUUUUAUCACGAGAUCCAAAUCCACCUAUUGAAGAAGUUAUACAAAGGGGUAUUGUACCAAGAUUUGUACAAUUUCUAAAGAACAAUAACAAUGCUUCACUGCAGUUUGAAGCAGCUUGGACAUUAACUAACAUAGCUUCCGGCACCUCACAACAAACCAAAAUUGUCAUAGAGGCAGGUGGUGUACCAAUAUUUAUAGAAUUGCUCUCCAGUCCCCAUGAUGAUGUCCAAGAACAGGCCGUAUGGGCUUUGGGUAAUAUUGCGGGUGAUUCUCCGGCAUGUCGAGAUCAUUUAUUGAAUUCUGGUAUUAUGCAGCCACUGUUGCACGUUUUAAGCACCACCGAACGUUUAACCAUGAUACGUAACGCGGUAUGGACUCUAUCGAACUUGUGUCGCGGCAAAAAUCCUCCAGCUGACUUUUCCAAAGUUGUCCACGGCCUACCCAUAUUGGCUAGAUUGCUCAAUCAUACCGAUACAGAUGUUUUAAGUGAUACUUGCUGGGCCAUUAGCUAUUUGUCCGAUGGUCCAAAUGAUAAGAUACAAGCUGUCAUCGAUGCUGGUGUUUGUCGGCGUUUGGUGGAGCUAUUAAUGCAUCCCCAAAAUAAUGUUGUCACCGCCGCCCUUAGGGCUGUGGGCAAUAUUGUGACCGGCGACGAUGUUCAAACUCAAGUCAUUUUAAAUUGCAAUGCAUUGCCCUGUAUUAGUCAUUUGUUGAACUCACCCCUGGAUACGAUUAAAAAAGAAGCUUGCUGGACGAUCUCAAAUAUUGCCGCCGGCAAUCGCCAACAAAUCCAGGCAUUAAUUGAUGCAAAUAUUUUCCCAAUGUUGGUGGAUGUUAUGAUAAAACCGCACGACUAUAAGACACGAAAAGAGGCAGCAUGGGCUUUGACAAAUGCCACCAGCAGUGGUACGGCAGAACAAAUAAGAUAUUUGGUCCACAUUGGCUGUCUUGAACCCAUGGUCUCUUGUCUGACUUUGCUCGAUUCGGACAUGGUGCAAGUAGCUUUAAAUGCCCUGGAAAAUAUACUUAAAGCUGGUGAGAAAUUCCCUGAAAGACCAAAUCCCUAUGCCAUGAUCAUUGAGGAAUAUGGAGGUUUGGACAGAAUAGAAUAUUUGCAGUCGCACGAAAAUCGCGAUAUCUAUCAUAAAUGUUUCAAUAUCAUUGAACAAUAUUUCUCCAAUGACGAAGAGGUGGAACGAGUGGCGCCAUCCGCCGAUGGCAAUCAGUAUGCGUUUAAUACGGAUCUGGGUGCACCACAGGGAGGUUUCAAUUUUUAGCCUUGUUUAGAGACACGAGAACAACAGCAACAACCUCAUAAACUCAAACUGGAUACUAUGGUGAUGACAAUGUUAAUGAUCGUAAUGAUGAAAACGAUGAUGAUGAUGAAGAUGGUGAUGAUGAAAACGAAAAGCAUAACAGCAACAACAACAAAAGCCCUAAUUUAAGUUUAGUUAGAGUGUAGCUUACUAAUAAGGGAUUCAAAACAAAGAUGAUGAUGAUGAUGAUAAAGAAAUAGCAUCCUUGACACUUUCAAAUAUUGCAUGAAGAAGACCCAUUUAAAAUGAGGCGGCAAUAUUUAUUUUCCUAUUCCAUUUAACAAACAAAUUUAUUAAACUAA